UUGUCAUGUCAGUGUCAUGUGUUAAUAAUUUGGUAUUGCAAUUUAACUUCAGCUUCCGAACUAAAAUUUAUUUACGAUAGUACAUAAUAAAAGUCCAUUGUUAGAUUUAUAAAAGAAAAAUACUGACGAUAUGGCUGCCGCCACUGCAUCAAGGCGUACAAUCGGCCAACUGCUUAAACAAGGUUGGAAUGAGAUUCCCGAGGUGAUUGCCUCAACUGGAAUGGCGCUGAUUGGCGUUGCUGUAGGAUUCUACGCCUGCAAUAAAUAUGAGAAAGAAAACGGAGACAAUAGGAGAUAUAAACAGACCUAUGUUAUCAUGAGGCCCGAUGACCCAAGAGUAAAGCUUAUCCGCAAGGACUAAUGUAUAUACAAUAUUUGUGAAUAUAAUAGUUUAUGUACAACUACCACACCAACAUACUUGUUUGUAUGUAAGGAGCAAGAAGUAUAUAUAGGUACCUAUUUUACCAUUUCAAUAAACAGCCAAUUGAUGACAUUGGUAGUGAUAAUCAGAGCGGGUUCUUCUAAAUCUAU